AUGGGUUGCACAUCAUCAAACCAAACCAAAUCUCCAUUGCCUCAUCUAGUUAUUGCUGGGUUCCAAUAUGGAGGAUACAAUCUUCUCCAUCAAGUAAAGGACAAGUUCAGAGUCACAGUGAUUGAUAAGAAAGAUUUCUUUGAAUGGACACCUGCUGGACCGACAAAUAUGAGCAAAGAAGGAAAUUUCGAAAUGAUUUCUGAAAAUUAUCACAAUGCUAUCAACACUAAUAAGGUAUUUGGAUCGAAUGUGAACUUCAAGCAAGGCCUUGUAACCGAACUUGUUGAUAAUCAUAACCUCAAGUAUGUUCCUACCAGAAAAUAGUAAAACUACAAGUCAGACUGCAGCUGAGAAAAAUGUGACGUUCAAUUAUCUUGCCAUUUGUACUGGAAGUAUAUGGUCAGCUAAUCAUGACUUGAAAGAUGUCCUCAGUAUUUACUCAAAAGAAGACAAAUCUAAAUACUUUGCCCAAUAUAGAGAGCAGAUAGACAACGCUAAAUCCAUUCUCAUUGUUGGUGGAGGACCAACAGGACUUGAAUCAACAAGCGCAUCUAAACUUAUCGAGGCAUAUGGAGAGAAAGCAUCUGAAAUGGCUAAAGACCACUUCGAAGCCAAGAAUGUUGACUUACACUUCAACACAAUGUUUGACUCAUCUCACGAGUUAGCCAAAGAAUAUGACUUUGUCUUGAACUGUGUAGGAACUAGAGUAGCCACUCCAUUUAUGGAUAAACACUACUCCGACUUCAAAGGAGACAGAGGACACAUAUUUGUCAACGAGUUCCACCAAGUCACUAAUGUGAAUCCACUUACAGGUAAAAGCAGCGGAUCUACAGAAGUUCUGGACAAUGUCUUUGCUUUUGGUGAUUGCUCACUUUCAAAGCUGAAUGAAACUAAAAAUGUUCCUGCAGCAACUGUUGGUGCUCUAACAGUUGCCAACAAUCUUAUUCAAAGUAUUGAUGGUGAUAAGAAAGACUUCAGAACAAUCCCAGAGCAUAAUUUCUUUAUUUCUGGAGUUUACUUUGAUGAUACUGCUGGAGUAAUUGUAAUGGGUCCAGAUACAAUCAUGAAUCCAAAAUUGUAUGAAGAAAAGAAGGGAUAUUUUCCACCAUAUAUAAGUUUCUUGAGAAACGAAGCUGACUCUCAAAAGAAAUACAACGAUUACAUCACAAUGUUCAAAAGCUAAUACCAUUUAAAAUCUUCAAUAUCCAUUAUG